AUGGUCCCUUCAACCUCUGAAGCUGCAUUGAAUGAGGCUCCGGCUUUGAAAUAUCUUGCGACCGCUGAUACCCGCACCACAUAUCCGCGGCCACAACCCAACGUUUUCGUGUGCGGACUUUCAGCGCAAGAACAUCAUAGUUAUUUAGACGGCUUCCCAGCGACGCAAAUUCAAAUGCCAACCAAUACGAAGUGACUCUCAUAGACUGGGAGUUAGCUGGAUGGUACCCUGGCUACUGGGAAUACUCCGUGGAAAUGGUGUGCAAGCAGAUGGGAUGAUGACUGGGACAAAUGGGUUGCCAAAAUCUUACAAUCUUUCGACGCAGAGUUUCCUUGGUUGAGGAUGUUGUAUCUGGAGUUAUGGUCCUGAUUUUGUUGUCAGCAAUACCCAUUUGGCUUCUUUUCCCUUUCUAUCUGGGUCGAUAUGGGUUUGGCAAACGCAGAAAAAGCGAGACGUUUUGAGGGCAAGACUGGUUGAAUUCCAGUCUCUAUCCUCCUCAGAAAAUGCCUGAGGAAGAAUCUUCUCAACCAAGCCAACGCCGGGAGCACUGUGCUU